AUGAGGCAGGGCGUCGCGACCUGUGACGCGGUCGAGUUUGGCGACAGCUGCAACUGCGGUGCCAACUGGGACGAUGCAAUCACGCGACUUCAGUGGAGGAAUACAAGUUACAAUAAACUCGCCUGGAUCACGACGGAAAGUAUGGUAAACGUGAUCCCGACAACGCCGGUGCUGGCACAGGCAUUUUUUAAAUACAAUACGACUAGGGCUUUUGGGGACUCGUUCCAGUCCUUCUCACCCAGUCUCUGGUUAGCCAUUUGGGAUCCGAUGCUCUCCUUGGAGGAAAGUCUCGAGUAUGGUUAUACCCGCCUCCAACUCAUCGACGCCUCAUCCAUGGUGUCCAUUAGCCUGGACCUUCGACGAAUGGAGAUGGCCGGCAAACAACCUGCCUACGAGUACCAACUCACCAGCAUCUCCUCUGUGCCGUCAAAAAGGUUGACGUGCGACCUUGAUAAUCCUUCGGAGCCUUACUACGGCCCAUGCCACGUGACUCUGUUGAUCCAAUUUCCGACCUUUGAGAGAGAAGUUGUUUCUGUACAGCGUGAGAUGGUUUGCUGA